UGGAUCGCUCGCCUGCUGCCUGCCUGCCUAUAUACACGCGCUCGCCAUGGCCGCCGCUCCCUCACUUCACUUGUGGUUGUUGCGGAAGCUCAGCGGGUAGAUAGAUAGGUGGAGAUGGGCGCCAUGGAAGGAGCUGGAGGGAGGCUGCUGCUCCGCGUUCUCAUCGUAUGCGCUGGGGCACUGAUAGCGGGCGGCGAGGGCGGCGGGGACACGUCGGCCGUCGUCGUCGUCGGCAUGGCCCAGUGCGCCGGCUGCGGGAGGAAGAGCUUGGGCGCCGAGGCGGCCUUCAGGGGCCUCAAGGUCGCGAUCACGUGCAAGAACGAGAGCAAGGCCGUCGCCAGCCUCGACGGCACGGGCGCCUUCGCCGUGCCGCUCCCGCCCGGCGCCGGCGCCUCCGAGUGCCUCGCGCAGCUCCAGAGCGCGGCGAGCGGCGAGCCAUGCCCCGGGCAGGAGCCGUCGAGGAUCGUGCCGAUGCCGUCCGAGGGCGCGGGUGACGGCGAGGGCACCUUCGUGGCCGUCGCCGGCAAGGCGACGCGAGGUCGGACUUCGGCCGCGGCGCCCGAGUGCGCGGCGGCCAACAUCUGCUUCCCGUGCCACGCGUUCGGCAGGAAGCCCUUCUUCGCGCACCGGCGCAUGAAGCCCAUGCCGGUGUACGCUCCGCCCGUGUACGGGACGCCGGUGCCGGCGUGCCUGUGCACCCCUACCCCGGCCCCCGGGUGCCAGUGCCCUUAUCCCACGCCGGUUUACGGGACGCCCGUGCCGGAAUACUUCCCGCCUCCGGCCCCGGAGUGCGGAACGCCGGAUUGCCCUCCGGAGUCGCCGGAGUACGGGACGCCCACGCCGGUGUACGCCCCGCCAGUGUACGCGACGCCGACGCCGGUGUACGCCCCGCCCGUGUACGCGACGCCCACGCCGGUGUACGCCCCGCCAGUGUACGCGACGCCCACGCCGGUGUACGCUCCGCCCACGGCGCCCGUGUACGGGACGCCGACGCCGGUGUAUGCUCCGCCCGUGUACGGGACGCCGUCGCCCGUAUACGCUCCGCCCACGGCGCCCGUGUAUGGGACGCCGAUGCCGGACUGCCCUCCCGAUCAGGCGCCGCUGUACGCUCCACCCACGGCGCCCGUGUACGGGACUCCGGCGCCGAGAUGCCUGUGCACCCCUACUCCGGAGCCGGGAUGCCAAUGCCCUUCCCCGACGCCGGUGUACGGGACUCCAUCGGCGAGCUGCCUGUGCACCCCGACCCCGGAGCCCGGAUGCCAGUGCCCGACUCCAACCCCCACGCCGGUCUACGUGGCGCCGCCGACGCCGCAGCUCCCUCCUCCCACGCCGGUGUACGGGACUCCAUCGCCGGUAUACGCUCCACCGACGGCGCCGGUGUACGGGACGCCGGCACCAAGAUGCCUCUGCACCCCGACCCCGGCGCCGGGAUGCCAGUGCCCUGCUCCCACCCCCACGGCGGUCUACGGAACGCCCACACCGCCGACGUACCCUCCUGCCGCUCCGGUGUACCCACGGCCGGCGCCGGAAUACGGAGCGCCGCCGGCGCCAGAGUGCCCGCCGGAGUACGGCACGCCCAUCUACACUCCCCCGGGCCACCACUAGCUCCAUCAAUGCAUGGUAGCACUCUGACAUUACUAGGGUACAUUCUGAGGGGAAUAAAAAGGUUGUGAGACUGAUUAAUGGCGGCCAGCUUUGAUGACGACGGAGCAUGCUCGUGUGUGUUGUACGUACUUUGCAAAUUGUUUGCAUUUGGCAAUGAACAUAGGAAGGUGUAUGUUCAUGCAUGAUGUGACCUUCUCCCUAGGAAGAACUCACUGGUCACUAGAUCAUUCAUGAUGAUUUAUCUUCACGAUAGUACUGGUAUAAAUUAUUGGGUUUUAAAUUU